AGAGCAUUAGUUGGCGUGAGAGCGCUCCUCCAAUGACCAGCUAAGAACGCCCCACUGCUCCGUUUCACACCGCGGGGGUGGGGAGCUCAGAAGUUUGUAUUAGGCCUCGGUAAAACAUGGGAUUCGAGCUGGACCGCUUCAAUGGAACAGUAGACCCGGAUUUUAAAUGUAAUUUGUGCAACAAAGUUCUGGAGGACCCGCUGACGACUCCUUGCGGCCACGUCUUCUGCUCCGGCUGCGUGGUGCCUUGGGUCGUCCGGCAGAGCAGCUGCCCCGUCAAAUGCCAGCAGAUUUCCACCAAAGAACUAAACCACGUCCUGCCGCUUAAAAACCUCAUCCUGAAGCUGGAGAUCAAAUGUGACAACCAUGCGAGGGGGUGCGAGGCAGUGGUGAAGCUGCAGCAUCUGGCCGAACACGCCGGGAUGUGUGACUACUCUCCGGCCAAGUGCGGCAAUAAAGGAUGCAACGCGGUGCUCAGCCUGCGGGACAUGGACGCUCACAUGCGGGAGACGUGCGACUUUCGACCGGUGGGGCUCUGCGAGAGCGGCUGCGGCUUGACGCUCACGCAUAAAGAGCAGCAAUUAAGCAACCACUGCUGCGUGGGAGCCCUGAAGGCGCACAACAGCGCGCUGCAGUACAAAAUGAUGUGCCUGGAUAGAGAGUUCAAGAAGCAGACUAUCGAAGCCAACAAGAGGGAAAAGGCACUUCUGGCGCAACUUUCCGCCGCUCACAGCGAGCUUCAGAUGACAGCAGUCAAAUACCAGAAAAAAUUCAGCGAGUACAGCGAGAGGAUCGACUCCCUCACCAGAACUGUGACUUUCUCCUGCAAGGAAGGCGAGACUAAAAGUGUGAGAGUUGUCCUUCUUCGCGAGGGCGGAUCUCUGGGGUUUAACAUCAUGGGCGGAAGGCCAUGCGCGGAUGACAAUGACAGCACUUUGAAUGAGGGGAUCUUUGUGUCAAAAAUCAUUGAAGACGGACCAGCCGACAAUGAGGACGGCCUUCAACUUCACGACCGGAUUAUAGAGGUGAAUGGCAAAGACCUAUCCAAAGCAACUCACGAUCAGGCAGUGGAAGCCUUCCGUACCGCCAAGGAUCCCAUCAUGGUGCAGGUUUUGCGCCGGGCGCCACUGCCCAAAGUGGUCACCCCAACCAGUGACACCCAGCUGUCCGAUAUCAGCACCCAAACAGAAAUCACCCUCCAGCACAUUAUGCCUCUUGCCAAGCUGCCGCCACCCUCGCCCUCCAUGACGGUGCUUGAGGAGUACCUGCUUCCAGAGGAGCAUCCUCCUGGGCACGAAUACUUUGACCCCAACGAUUUCCUGGAUGGCAUCAAUCAGGACAUAGAACGUGAAGAGCUGGAAUACGAGGAGGUGGAUCUGUACAGAGCCAACAUCCAAGACAAGCUCGGCCUGACCAUCUGUUACCGGACUGAUGAUGAGGAUGAAGCGGGGAUCUACAUUAGCGAGAUCGACCCAAACAGCAUUGCCGCUAAAGAUGGCCGAAUUAGAGAAGGUGAUAAAAUUGUCCAGAUUAAUGGCAUCGAGAUACAAAACCGUGAAGAUGCAGUUAUGCUGCUGACCAGUGAAGGAAACCACAACAUCUCCCUCCUGCUGGCCAGACCAGAGAUUCAGCUGGAUGAGGGUUGGAUGGAUGAUGACAGGAAUGACUUCCUCGAUGACCUCCACAUGGAUAUGCUGGAGCAGCAGCACCAUCAGGCGAUGCAGUUCACCGCCAGCAUGCUGCAGCAGAAGAAGCACGAGGAGGACGGAGGAACCACCGACACGGCCACCCUUCUCUCCAAUCACCACGAAAAGGACAGCGGAGUCGGUCGCACCGACGAGAGCACACGCAACGAUGAGAGUUCCGAGCAGGAGAACCUCGCCGACGACCAGACCACAUCCUCCAACACCCUGAGCAGCUACAGAAAACUGACCUACAGCCAGGACACCCUCGGGAGCGCCGACCUCCCCUUCAGCGGCGAGUCGUUCAUCUCCGCAGACUACGCCGACGCCGACUUUCUCGGCAUCCCGGCGGACGAAUGCGAGCGCUUCAGAGAACUCCUGGAGCUCAAGUGCCAAAUGAGGAACGGUGGAAUUCAGAGCCUGUACUGCCAAGGUGGUGGCGGAGCAGAGGGUCAAGACCAGGAGGUCGUGGACAAAGAUCUUGAGCUGCUCAAUGAGGAGCUGCGUAACAUCGAGCUGGAGUGCCUUAAUAUCGUCCGUGCCCACAAGAUGCAGCAGCUCAGGGAGCAGUGCCGUGAAUCCUGGAUGCUCCACAACAGCGGCUUCCGCAACUACAACACCAGCAUCGACGCACGCCGCCAUGAGCUCUCAGAUAUCACGGAGAUGCCGGAAAAGUCGGACAAAGAUAGCUCCAGUGCCUACAACACCGGCGAAAGCUGCCGUAGUACGCCUCUGACUUUGGAGCUGUCUCCGGACAACUCUUUGCGUCGUGGGGCGGAGAACCAGGGUCCGGCUGGACCUUCUGGCUCCACCGGCAGGCUGAUCAAAUCCCUCCUGUCCCCAGUCCAGGAAGCUUGUGGAUCCGGUCGUAGCAAAGCCGUUUCAAAGGAUGCAGAUUCUCCGCAGGGAGAAAGUAAGGACAAGAAACUGGUAGAGUCCGGAAAAACAGGGCGGAGCUUAGCUCAUCCACGUUCUCCUUACAAGCACGCCCACAUCCCCGCCCACGCCCAGCACUACCAGAGUUACAUGCAGCUGAUCCAGCAGAAAUCCGCCGUAGAGUACGCCCAGAGCCAGAUGAGCCUAGUCAGCAUGUGCCGGGACCCCACGACCCCCAACGACCUGGUCCCCAAGAUGGAGUGGAAGGUGAAGAUCCGAAGCGACGGCACCCGUUACAUCACCAAGCGGCCGGUUCGUGACAAGCUUCUGAGGGAGCGCGCCCUCCGUAUACACGAGGAGCGCAGCGGCAUGACCACAGACGACGACGCCAUCAGCGAGCUGAAGAUGGGCCGUUACUGGAGCAAGGAGGAGCGGAAGCAGCACGCCGUCCGCUCCAAGGAGCAGAGGCAACGCCGCGAGUUCAUGAAGCAAAGUCGAGCCGAUUGUCUCAAAGAGCAGGUCAGCGUGGAGGACAAAAAAGAACCCAACAUCAUCGAACUCAGCCACAAAAAGAUGAUGAAAAAGAGAAAUAAGAAAAUAUUUGACAACUGGAUGACCAUCCAGGAACUGCUGACCCACGGUACCAAGUCGCCAGACGGUACUAAGGUCUACACCUCGCUCUUGUCUGUGACCACGGUCUGAGUCCGGCUCUCAGGGGGGGCCGACUGGAGGGUGAAGAAGUGUAAAUAGGACGCUACCGCAAAUCUGCUUUCUUCAAUGUGGAAAAAUGUAAAUAAGAAAUAAGGAAAGACUUUUAUGGAAAGUUUCCACUGCUUUGGGGAAAAGAAUGAUGUUUUUAUUUGACUGGAUAUGCUUUUUGGGGGGGUGAUUGGAGGCGACCUUUACCAAAUGAAUAACUUUUCUACUUUUCUGCUUGCUCUUUUGGAUAAUAAACAUACUUUUUUAUUGGAAGUAUGAAAGAAGUGCCACAUGUAAACAGCCAGCAUUACACUAUCUUACAUUAUUUUGUUACUAUAUUGUAUAUCUUUUAUCAGUAUUUUUCUGCUUUGCAUACUUUUUGGAAGACAAUAGUGGAAGCGAUCCUUUUCAAAAGGACUUUUGUAAAUAAGUACAUGUUUGCUGCAAAUACAUGUUUGAAAGGAAAACUGCACUUUGGGGGGAAUAUCGCCCAUCAUCCACAAUCUUUUUAUUGUCUGUCUGUUCUAAAGAUAUAAAAACUGAUAAAAUCGCCUAUAAUGGCUGUUAUUAAAACACCGCCAACCCCCCCGUAGCAAAGUUUUAUGGUUUUAUAAACAUGCUGAGACAAUGUAGUACAACGUAGGUAAGUUUCAGCAAAAUAUCAGGUUUCUGUGAAAAGAAAAUUUUUUUUUUCACUUCGACACAAAUGUAGCGAUAUAUAUAUUCAUCCAAAAUAUCCAAACAACUCUGCCACAACAUAACGCAAAAAAAAUUAUGUUUUACUUUAAGAUAAUUAAUUUACAAUUUACACAUUUAGAACUGAAUUAUGUGUAUUUUCCGUCAAUGCAUUGAAGAAAAAAUGUAUAAAUUUGGUAGCAAAUGAGUUAAUAUGCAGGUCAUAUUGUAUGUAAAUUUAAAGUUUUUUAGUUUUUUUUUUCCAGAAGGCUUUAUAGUUGGAAUGUGUGCAUCCCAUUACAUGCAUUCUUAGCUGCCUCUUUUAUCUGUUUGUGUAGCUUUAGAACAUGCAGAAAAGUGAAAAACAUAUAUUUGUGUCUCAUAUUAAGAGUGUGGAUGAUGGGCAAUUUUUUUUUUAAGUGCAGUUUUACUUGAACUUUCAUUUCCCUUAAACGGUGCUGAGUCCCAAAGUUAAUACCAACAGCGAUGUACCAGCUGUUACAUAAUGUAGAGAUCGUCAAAGUGUAUGUGCCUACGUUUAGGAAAAAAAAGGCAUUUCUUUGUGUUUAAGCACACUUUAUAGUCACUUUUUCUUUCUUAGGCCUUCAUGUAUUGAAGAGAAUAACAUCCUAAUAAAUCCUUAGUUAGACAUAAUUUGACAUCCUGGAAAAUGGCAGAAAUAAAUUAUUGUUUUAUAUAUGAUGAGCAUGUUUGUUGGAAUUGUUUGUUAUAAUUGUGGAGUAUAUUUAGUGCUAGUCAAGAAAGCCUAACUCAGAAUAAACACGUCCCAAAAGGUAUUAAACGGCCUGUGCCAAAUAUAGAAUAACAUAACAUUGCCAUUAUUUGGUGUCUAAUGAAAUAAAAA